AUGUCAAAUCGCUCUGCUUGUUGGACACAGCUGUUGGUGCUGCGACGGGUUUUGAUGAAUUGGAGACGAAGAUAUGGUUAUCAAUUUGUAGUCUAUGCUGCGAUUCUCGGCAUGGCCUCUAUCUACGUCGUCUCGAUGGAGGCCCCUCCUGAAUCAGAGAUAGCCAGCCAGGAGUCUUUCUUUCUAGCUGCGAAAGCGACGAAGGUUGCUAUGCCAAAGGACUGGACACAUGGAAAAUACCAGCUGUCAGAGUCUGCUUUACCAUCUUGGAUGAAAGCGUACGUAGCCUUUCACCAGCGUCAUGUCCAGACGCCUGCAAGUGCAUCUCGGCUUGUUUGGCAUUGUCCAGAAAACCGUGGCUGUGGUGGAAUUGGUGACCGUCUGAGUGGCAUUGUACAAGUACUGAUGAUGAGUAUGGUGACUAAACGAGUUUUUUUGGUUGACUGGCAUGGAUCUGGCCUGUCGAUAAACAAGGUGUUGAGGCCACGCUUCAUUGCCUGGGACAGCAUUCCCCUACCAUCCGAUAUGGUGAAACUUUACGCAAAUGAUGAUCGCAACAAUACCUAUUUGCGCGAUCCAAGGACUCUGCCACAAAAGGUGAACAUUCAACUACAAGCGAAUCUCUAUUUGUACGACGCCGUCCUCAAGCGGGAACCCGCCUAUUUAGCGUAUUGGAACCGAUACGGCGGCGUCAACAUUUCGCUGUUGUCACCGUUCAAAAUUGCGUUUUGGACGCUUUUCCAGUGGACAGAUCUCGUCGUUAGGCAUGCCCAGGGGCUGCGUAACGCUUCCGGGCUUGCGGAGCCUGCUCAGCGUUAUAUCGGCGUGCACGUCCGGACAGGAAGUGGUGUGUCAUGGACCGAUCCUCCGCGACAUGCCGGUCUUCCAGCGCUACGGCAGUUCUAUGACUGCGCACGACGACUUCAACACGCCUUGCAACAAAAAUGUAUCAAUGAGGGUGACUCCACAUCUAGCUUGCCAGAGAUCUACUUGGCCUCUGAUCGCGUCGACGCAAAGUUUCAGAUGAAAGCUUGGGAUUCCGAGAACGACAAUACCAUCAAAUAUGUAACGAACUUGGAGCCCUUUCACGUUGACAAAAGCCGCAACGCGAUGAACACCUCCGCCGCCGAACUAGAUGUUUGGGGGGAGCUCAAAGUGCUUCUGGACGCGACUUGUCUUGUAACGAGUCGAAGCCAGUUCAGCACGUUGGCUUCAAGUCUACGUAUGGAUCAAACGCCCCAUCGGUGCGCUGUUAUGUUCGACCAAUGUGAUAUAGAGCAAAUUGAACAAGCCGUCGCAGUAGUGUCGUCAUGCUGA